GUCAUGACAGCUGAGAAAGCAGGCCGUCCCAGGAUUCAGCCGGUGAGAAGGAUCGCUGUUCGUCUAAAGCCACUCUAGACUGGAAAGCCAAAUUCCCUGCAAUAAAGAGGAUCCGAUUCUACUUUAUCUGUGUCAUCUUAAAGACUUCUCAAAUGGCGGUGCCUAUAAAUCCCAUGGAUGAGCCCAGGUUGUACCAGCAGACUCUCCUCCAGGAUGGCCUGUAUGAUUUGCUGGAGAACGACAAGCUGGUGGACUGCGUCCUGAAGAUCAAAGACAAGGAGUUCCCUUGUCAUCGCCUGGUGCUGUGUGCCUGCAGCUCAUACUUCCGGUCCAUCUUUUUGUCUGACCUGGAUGAAAGCAAAAAGAGAGAAAUCGUGCUGGAGGACGUUGAGCCCGGUGUCAUCGGUCUGAUCCUCAAGUACCUGUACACCUCCAAGAUCAAUGUCACAGAGCAGAACGUCCAGGACAUCUUUGCCGUUGCCAACAUGUACCAGAUUCCUUCAAUUUUCACUGUUUGCGUGUCUUUCUUACAAAAGCGCCUCAGCCUCAGCAACUGCCUGGCUAUCUUCAGGCUCGGUUUGAUGCUGGACUGCCCCAGGCUGGCUGUCUCUGCGCGGAACUAUGCCUGCGAGCGUUUCCAGCUCAUCUCCAAAGACGAAGACUUCCUCCAGCUCAACGCGACCGAGGUGGCAGCCCUUUUGACGAAUGACAAUUUGAACGUGGAGACGGAGGAGGUUGUUUUCGAAGCUCUGAUGCGGUGGGUGUGCCGGGACACCGAGAACAGAGAGAAAGAACUCCCAGAUUUGCUGGACUGUGUUCGUUUGCGUCUUGUCACAGAUGAUUACCUGAAAGAAAAGGUGGAGAAACACCAACUCAUCUCUGCUAAUCCAGAGCUUCAGCUGAAGAUGAAGCUGGUCAAGGACGCUCGAGCAGGGAAAAUGCCAGAGAUUAAAAAAAGCAAAAAGGAAGAGGGAGGGGCAGCGAAAGAUGGAGAAACUGAAGACAAUGAGGAUGAAGAAAAUCUUUUACCGGCUAUUCUAAAUGAUAACCUGCGAUUUGGGAUGUUUGUCAAGGACCUCAUACUGAUGGUGAACGACACCGGUGCCGUGGGGUACGACCCGUCAGGCAACGACUGCUUCAUGGCGUCGGUUUCCACGCAGGUUCCCAAGAACCAUGUCAGCCUGGUCACAAAGGAGAACCAGAUCUUUGUGAUUGGAGGAUUAUUUGUCGAUGAAGAGAACAAGGAGGACCCUCUAUGCUCCUACUUCCUGCAGUAUGAUCCUGUUAGUACCGACUGGCUCGGGAUGCCUCCCCUCCCGACUCCGAGGUUCUUGUUUGGGAUGGCUGAAGGUGAGAACUCCAUCUUCGUUCUGGGAGGGAAGGAACUGAAAGACAAGGAGGGCACACUGGAUACAGUUUUGGUCUAUGACAGGCAAUCAUUCAAAUGGGGCGAGUCCGAGUCAAUUCCUUACCCAGUUUAUGGACAUUCAGCCGUAUCACACAAAGAUGUUGUGUAUGUGAUAGGAGGAAAGGGAGACGACAAGAACUGCCUGAAGAAGAUGUGUUCAUAUGAUGUCAAGAGGUUUGAAUGGAAAGAGCUUGCUCCAAUGAAGACGGCACGCUCUUUAUUCGGGGCCACUCUUCAUCAAGACAAAAUAUAUGUGGCAGGAGGCGUGACCGACGACGGCAUGACAGACACCGUGGAGGUGUACGACAUCGCUGCCAACACGUGGUCAGAUUUCGAGCCAUUUCCUCAGGAGCGAAGCUCUCCAAGUCUUGUAUCUUUGGCUGGUUCUCUCUACGCUGUAGGAGGUUUUGCCAUGAUGCCUUUAGAAGACAGUGAUGAAAUCCUUCCCAAAGAGAUGAAUGACGUUUGGAGGUAUAAUGAGACGGAGAGGAAGUGGAACGGGAUUCUCCGAGAAAUUCAGUUUGCCUCUGGGGCCACGGUACUGGGGGUCCGCUUGAACACGCUGCGUCUCACCAAGAUGUGAAGCUCUCCACACUUCCUGUAUCUCAAUGAAAAUUGACUUGGAAAUAAUUGCACCAUUUUUACACUUUUCUGGGACACAUUCAUUAUCAAAGACAUUAGUAUUUAAUGAAAUAUUGCAAGAAAUAUGCUCAUUUGAUUUUCACACAGGGUCAGGGCUUUUCUAAUUAGCAUUGUGUUAUAAUAUUUUUUUUCUGCAAUGAAAUUUUUAUAUGUGUUUCUGCAAGUGAUGGAUGAUUAUUUGAACAUUUAUAUCAUCAGAAUCUACAUUGUUUCACUGAACUGAAUAAAAAUGAUAAAACCAAGCUAAAGCCUUUCUUGACACAUAUGUCUACUGCCCAAUAGAGGGCAGCAAAGUCAAAAUCCCUGCUUCUUUCAACAAGCAAUAAAACACAAUGCACAAACAGAAGAGUAUGCAUAGAAACAAACACAAGACAUGCAGAUAAUAUCUAUAUUGUUUAAUAUUGAAAUGAUUUCAUAAUGCUCUACUGUGUUACAGACAGUUAACACUUGUCAAUAUUACAAUAAAAGGAACAAAAAAAUACACCCUAC